AUGCCUUUGCUUGCGGGGCCCUCGAGCUCGUCGCAAGAGGCACUUCUCCGUCUCGAAAAAAGUAAUAGCGCAUCUGCAACCUCCGAACUUCACGAAGCCGCUCAGAUCCUUGGACUGGACCUUCACACCUGUGAGAGUCAUCCUGAAACUCAUCGCGAUACGAAGUUUCUGUCAAAGGCGACCCCCAAAGAGGAAUGGGUGCUCCGCUGGCUGUUGAAGAGGCUCAGGGCCGCUAAACACUACCGUGUGGAACCAGCUUCGUUCCUGUUGCUUCGACAGCUUAUCGGACUGAUCGCCCCUAAAACUCUGGCGACCAUACUUAAGGAUCAGAAGUUCUUCACCAUCCUCAGCGAUACGAUCCGCGACCUAGGGAAUGAUGUUCACAACACCCUAGACACCGCCGCUGAGAGCCCCAAUGACAAGACUGGCUCUGAUGCGCUCAGCAAACAACCCACCCAAGAUGAUUCCCGAGUGACACAUGGCACCAAGAGAAAAAGGGUUCGUGGAGGCGAUAAUGAGGACGCUAUGGAAUUGGACCACAUGCCGCAAACCCCCGGCGCAUGCUUCGUGGCGUUCAUUCGCGCGCUGGAUUGCAUCUAUGGGAUUGUGGCAUUGAUUCAACAAACCAUCGGAGUUGACGAGGUGGCCCAUUCUCACCUCAAAUUGGCAGUCAGAGGAACGCCGGAAGGCGCCGCAGAAUUGCUCGGUGGAUCACUUCAACUAGGAGCUAUCGCCGCCACUCGGUUUUCAAACGUUAAAAUGACAACUGACCUUCAACAUUUGCUGCUCGUAUUCCCAGCUAUGAUUGAGAUCUGGGAAUUGCGGUCCCAUCGUCUGGACGAUUCCGACAACAACGCGAGCAACGAACGCUUCGCAAAGUCUUGCUUUGCUCAUGCUCUAAGACUCGAACUCUGUCUCCGAGACAUCAAACUUGACACUGACGAACGGGCCCAUCUUCUUCAUUCUGUCGAACGCAUUGUGGCACUUCAUGUCUUAAUUCCGGCCCGGGACGCAUUCUUUGCUCGUGGCGGUUCCGGCAUAGACUACUCAAAAGAGGAGCCUGAUUGGAGCGCUGUGAAGCCGGUGACCGAGACCUUUAGACCCAUAAUUAGCGAGAGAUCGAAUAUUGAAGGCGCAUCACCUUCAAGCAACCCCAUGCCAAAAGGCUCGUGGCAAUCGAUUGAACUGCUUCCAGAAUUGUUCGAUAACGCGGUGCGCGCUGUUCCGAGAGACGACUUCCGGCGCCAGACCCACGAGGCUCCGUGGCUAGAAACCUUGUUUGUGGCUGUGGCAGAGCUCGCUUAUUCCACUGCGAAGGAAGCUCAACCAGAUACCUUUUCUGCCAAGUUUAUUGCCGUCCUGGAAGACCUUCUGCGGAUUGCUCUUGAUCGAAAAGUAGGACUGUCUCUGCAGACGAUUCUCACCCACGCCGGUUACACCGGCCUUUUGGAGCAGGGUUUGGAGCAGGUCCAGUGGAAUGUGACAGCCCUCAUGGUCAGUCUGGGCGUUGAUAUUUUCUUGCCCAAUUCUGGACUGCGUGAUGCAAGCAAAUUGCUCGAUGCUUUGCUCGACAAGAUUCUGCUUCAUUGGCGCACUCAUGGUUCCCAGAGUUCUCAGGAGUACAACAUAAUCAAGCUUCAAAUCGUGAUUCCGCUUCUACGUGGUUUCGCGGCUGCAAGAGAUCUUGCAUCUUUUAUGGAGGUCUGGCACGAUCAACUUGUCAUUCUAGAAGAAGCUCGCCUCGGCAAUAAUCAUUUCUCCAAGUUCUCUGUCUGGGAGGAUGAUGAUCUGUGCGCCGCCUUUUCGGACCUCACACGAACCUCGCUGAGUGGCAGCAAUUUUUCGGCACAGCUUCAAACUGCUGCGGCGGAAACUCGUGCCGAGGACGGCAAGAUCUCAGAAACCUCAAGAUCUUAUGCGAAAUUGGUGAUAUUGGAAGCUACCCUCAGAAGCAAGAUGCCAACGGCGGAUGUGGACGAAUCUUUGUCGCAAGUGCUAGAGACCUUUGAAUCCACGCUCUCCUCGAAGCAGACAUUCCACUGGCGCUGGCGCUUGUGGCGGCUCGUUCGAAAUCUUUUCCAGAACAACUUGAGAGUCGAUGGUAGUACGCUAGGCAAAAAAGCAAAUGCUUUUGUCAGCGUGGCUGCCAAAUCGCUUCACCGCAAUCUCAAACACUCAACCAAGGCAUCUCACAUCCCCCUCGAGGCUUGGGAAACCUACCGACUCAUCCUGAUCACGCUCAAGGACACACCGACCGGAGAGCAUCUAGAUGCUUUUAAGAACGCAAACAAGGACGUCGUCAAACACAUCUUGUCGGUCUCAUCGAAGGAUUCUCAAGCUUCAAUGAAAGCACCCUGGGAUGGUCGCGUUGAAACACUGUCUUCGUCGAGUACACUAGCUCUAGCGGUUAUUCUGGCACUUGUCAGAGAACCUAAUGCCUGGGAGAUGGUUGCACCUGAGCAUCGGAAGACUUUGUUCCAGCAGCUCAUGUCUUUUGCAGCUUCCCAAUACCACUCCUCGUCUCUUCCAUUGGAAAAUAUUGAUCCAAGUGCCCGUUUCCUCCAAGCUUGGGCGAGUGUUGUCUGUCAUGAAUAUUUGCUCGCUGUGCCCUCUCUGGUGCCCGAUAUCGUGCUCUUGCUCACCAAGCACAUGGAGGAAGACCACGCCAACCGCCGUUUCUACAUGGAAAGCAUGCAGCGGAUUCCUGCUUCACUGAUUACUCGAGGUCUUCGAACGACUCUCCUCGACAAAUUACACAAUGUGGUUGUUCAGCAAGACUGUGCGUUAGAAGUGACUCUGGGAGUUUUGACCAUGAUGGCAAAACUUGCAGCCAUGCCGAAGUCCGAUGCUAUUGUGACAAGCGAUUGGGAACCAAUCUGGGCGGAAGCUCGCGCGAUCUCUUUGGAUGGCUCAGAACUUGACCUGCAAGUAAUGAAAGCCCUGCGCAGCUUGUAUCGCGCGACGAUCGCCAGGCUGCUAGUCCUAUCUGAGGACGACCGAAACAAGACGUUCAAGAAACUUUAUUCCAGAGUUUCAAAGCAGACAAGCAAGCUACGCCAGAUUGAACGGGAUUCCCUUGCGUGUUUCCUGCUCCGUCUGUCCUUGUCUGAGCUCUGGACCCAUCGCAAGAAGCUGGUCAAGGCGCUCCCGGUGGACGAGCUAGCGGCUUGUCGACAGCGUGUAUUUGACCUCGUGCUGGCAGACAUGAGGGCGGUCAAAGACCAGUGCAGGCAGCAGAAGCUUGAGGAGACAGUGACCCUUAUCAAGACCAUUGAUGCCUUGGAAGACUUUGAGGACCUCUCUAUGAAUAACAUCGAGGUGGAAAAAUUCCUUAACAAGCUAGAGCGGUACAUGGAGAUGUCAAUCGAUUCAGCUCCUUCGCGGCUGAUUCGUCGCCGCUUGAUGGCUUCAAAGGGUGCGGAGAAAGAAAGCUCUACGAAGACGGUAUUGCAAUGUGCGGAAACUCUCACUCUCCGCUCGCUCUACGCCGAGGAUCAGCAGCUCUUUAUUCGAGCCACCACCGAGCGCUUCCGUGAAAUGUCACAGGAACAGAUUAGCGGAGUCAUUCGAGAGAUUCGAGAGCUUGGAUUCACCGGCGAGCAAGCGGCGUACCGCUUGCUUGUCGUUUAUCUUGCAGUCAUUUCUCUCCAGCCGGUGGAGGAUAAAGAAAGUCCUAUCUCUUCUGAGAUUUCUCAGCUCUGCCAGUCUCUCGCAGAUACCCUUGUGCAUAGCACCUCAAUCGAUCAGUUCUGCUUCGCGGCCGAAACUUUGGCCCUCCUUCUUCGCGCACAUACUCGCAGCAUGGCCCAGUGCAACGUGGAUGAUAUGCUUGCCGCCAUCGCCACCGCUGCUUCAAAACAAGGCCCUCACAUCUCCCCAGAGUACGCUCCGACCAUUUACACUCGGCUCUGUCGCCUGAUGGGUCUCAUCUUGAACCUCCAGCGUGUCAAGAUUGGAGGUCGAUUCCACCUCGUUGUCACGGCCAUGCAGCGAUUGUUGGGCUGCCUCUUCGCUCGGUCCCGCAAGCGCUCCCGCUCGGGUCGGGCUGCAGUCAUCUCUCAACCAUUCUGGCUCGCUCCUCUCGAUGCCUCCCACGCCACACAUUUCACCCGCCUGCUGACCUCGCUCAGCGAUCCCACAGUCUCCGCGGUCUUGCGCUCCCAGCCCGGCAUGUCUCGCGAGGCAUUGACCGACGAGACAAAGAAAGCCAAACGCAUCGCUGGCCAGUACCUGCAAUACGUCGUCACGGCAUAUGCGCAGUGCUCUUUGCGAGGAGCGCUCGUACCUGAUGUGAAGAGUGCGCUCAUGCCAGGCUUGUACGCAGCAUUAGACGUGAUGUCUCGGGAGUCCAUGCGGGCGAUGAACGCUGGGUUGGACGCUUCAGGCCGUGCGGUGUUCAAAUCCUUGUAUGAUGAUUAUGUGAGAUUCGGAAAGUGGAACAAUGCUUGA